AUGGUCGAGCUCCUUCCCAUUUUCAAAAAGGCCUAUUGGACUCUAGCCGCAGCCGGUCUCGUUUACGUGGGCCUGGUCUGUUCCUUGACUUUUCCCGGGGUUCAACGCUUUGCUCUCUACGCAAAUAAAAUCAAUCCCACGGCAUGGCAGGAUGUCAAUCGUGUCGAGUCUUUUGGGUUCUUGAAAACCCAGGUUCAGCCGUUCAAUCUGGUAACCCCGGACAAUGAAACGCUCUACGGAUGGCACCUGAUCCCUCCGCAUCUGUGUCGAGAUCAUGAAGAAGAAUUGGAAGCGAACGAGCCGUCUGGUCCUGCCAAGGACUAUACCAAAACACCCGCAUUUAAGCUCCUGGCAAAUGACCCUAACGCGAGGGUGGUCGUCAGCUUCCACGGCAACGCAGCUCACCUCGCCUCGGCCCAACGACCGGAUACCUACCGUAUGCUGUUGGGUUUGUCUGAGCCUUCUCAUCCGAUCCAUGUAUUCGCUAUCGACUACCGCGGAUUCGGCGUGUCCACGGGCUCACCAACGGAGGAGGGCCUGAUUACGGAUGGCGUGUCCUUGAUCAACUUCCUGACCGCUGGCCCCUUGAAGAUCUCCCCAUCCCGGAUUGUCAUUCUAGGCCAGAGUCUGGGAACAGCCGUGAGUGCAGCCGUGGCAGAACGCUUUGCUUUUGGGUCGCUGGACCCCAGUGCCAUCCAGCCGGCCCUCAAGGAUCCCGAGCCCUUUGCAGGAGUGAUCCUGGUGGCGUCCUUCAGCAAUUUGACCAACCUGGUCGAGUCGUACAGUUUCAAGGGCAUUACGCCGCCAAUUCUCUCGCCGCUCAUGGGCUACCCUCGCGUUCAAAACUGGGCCCGACGUCAUAUUGUCGACCGUUGGGACACGACGGCGCGAGUCGCGCGCUUGACAGGGGUUGGGCCGACCGCGCAGAACGACUCCUCCACCGGAUAUGCGAGCAAAGAGUUGGACCUCACCAUUGUACAUGCCUGGAACGAUGUCGAAAUCCCCUGGUACGAAGGUCGUCGCGUUUGGACUGCUGCGACGGGGGAAGAUAAAAGGGAUGCCCCGGGUACUAUUGUGCUGCAGAAAAAGGACGUCAACGGCCCUAAUGAAGUAUUCCUCUGGGAAAAUAGGUCUCCGAAGGGAACCGGAGCUGUCAAAAGGGUCAGGUGGGAACGCGUCAACUUCGGGGGGCAUAAUCACGUCGCCACAUACUCUACUGCGGCUCUUGCCGUCCUCAGGGCUUUUGAAGAAUAG